GACCCUAGAGUUUAGAACCCUUGAACCAUUUCAUGAGGAUUCUAGACCCUAGUGAUGGGUUUGUUAAACUUCAUGUUUGAUGGAGUGAGAUCUUUCCUUGAUAAUCUUAAUAUAAUUUCUAUUCUUUUGUAAAUUUUUGAAAUUACAAGAAUUUGAAAGUCUUUGUCGCAUAUUUGUUUGAUAUCUCAUGUACCUGAACCUUGUACUGCCUGUUUCAGAAAUUGUACACAAUGUCCCGCCCACUUCUUGUACAUGGAUGCCGUCUACUCAAUCAGACAAGUGUACAUGAUUGGUACAAACCUGUGUUGUUCACCCUAGGACAAAUACAGGGCUCAUGUACUGCAUUUAGUACAACAAAACGGGGAGAGUACAGUACAAAGCCUGGUAAAGCGUACACCUCAACAAUUGGAAAACCGGUUAUCACUAUUCCCGUCACAGUUGAGAAAAGAGCGAUGAAACGACACAAGAAUAUUAAGAAUAUAUCACGUGAUCAGGACAAACAGAAACUAAAGAAUAAACCACUCGCCAUAUCCUGCAAGAGAAGUGAGUUGAACCACUAUAUGGGUCAAACCUACGGGAAGUUCGAUAAAGUUCCCCUAGCAAGUCAAGGAUGGAAUAACAGGAACAUGCAGCUCUCAAACUUAAUUCGAAUAAUAAUUUGUUAGGGAAUGUAGACCCGC